AUGGAGCAAACACCCGUUGCCAUUGUUGGAGCAGGGCCAUCAGGUCUCGCACUCGGCCUUACUCUAGCCAAUCAUGAAAUUAAUUCCAUCAUUCUUGAGAAGGAAGCCGGUAUCACAGAAGAUCCCCGGGGCGUGUUUCUCGCAGGUGAUGCUGUUCGAAUUUUGUACAGCCUUGGAAUAGCCGACGAGGAGAUGGCCAUCAUUGGACAUCAAGUCGAAGACGUCAAUUUUCACCGGACCAGCUUCAAACAAACUCCCUUCUAUCAAUUGGAUAUUAGACGGGAUGGCCUCAAGCAGACUGUGCCGGACGGUAUUCUGCAAUCCCAACCCAAACUUGAGGCGGCUUUGCGAGACAAGGUCAACCAGUCAAAAUUUUGCGAUUUGAGAGAGAACUGCGAAGUGGUAUCCAGGAUCGAAGUGGACGAUGGUGCGAUUGUCGAGUACACCACAGACGGCACAACCAAGAGAGUCAAAUGCUCCUUCCUGGUGGGCGCAGACGGCAAGAGGGGUGUCGUGCGCAAACACUUUCUUGAGAAGCAAGCGAAUAUCAAACAGAGCACUGGAUUGAUGCAAUAUGAAGGGUGUUGGGUUGCCUCCAACCUCAAACUGUCGCCUCCCACCCCCGCAACACACCCGGACUUUCCACUCUGGCGGUUUGGAUAUACACCAGAAGAUGUUUAUGACUUGUUUUGGCCCAAAGGAUGGCAUUUUUGUUGUCCUCCCGGUAAGCCAACAGCAGCCGGACGGUUUGGACCCCAUCGCGACAGAUUCUGGCGUCAUGAGUUCAGGGAACCAGACUGGAAUGACUCGAUGGACGCCGAAGCGUUGUUGUGGGAGCACAUCACACCGAUGAUCACCCAUGACCGUGACGGCUCGAGAUCUUUCGGACAGUCGGUCACAUUUCCACGCGACUGCAUCGAAAUUGUGCGUUGCCGACCCUUCACGUUCACCCAAAGGGUCGUUAACAAAUGGCAUCACAAACGCAUCAUCCUCAUUGGGGACGCCGCACACGUCUUUCCUCCAUUCGGUGGCCAAGGUAUCGCUUGUGGUGUGCGUGAUGCUCAUGGGUUGGGUUGGCGUUUGGCAGUUCUGAUCCGACAGCCGAAUGUAAAGGACUCUCUGCGCGACGAAAUGCUCAAUGCAUGGGCGAGUGAACGCCGCCAGGGGGUGGACGAUUCGACCAGACUCACGAUGAUGAAUGGCGAGCUUUGCAACGAAGAACCCAGUUGGAAAUUCUUCACCAUGCGGAUGAUGAUGGGUCUCAUGUAUUAUCUCCCCCUCGGUUUCCAACAUCCCCUGGAGCGUGCGGAGCGAAACGGAUUUCGACCAACGAAAAAUGGAUGCUACCUGGCAGAAUUCAACGGGGGAGGCAAAGUGGCGCAGGUAUAUCUUCGAUCCAACACGCGUGGCAUCAUUCUGUCCGAUGAAGCAUUAAAGAGAGGACCUUCGGCUAUGACACUGCUGGUCAUUGGAAACUUCGACGCCAAUGAGAGCGCUGAAAUCACACGGGUCCUGCGAGAUGCCAACCUUUCGGAGUCACUACUCUCGGAGAAAUCCCUGGUCUUCAUCGAGUCGACACUGUCAAACCACACGGCCAUCCAGAGUCCCGAGAGAUUUGUUGUACCUGCUCAGUCGGAGCUCGUUGGACAUCCGACACGUCCAGGAUACGAUGCCGAUGCAUACGUCUCAUAUUUGGGAUGGGGAACUAAAUACGCCAUAAUCCGACCCGAUUAUAUUGUCUUUGCCACCGCCCGCACGCUCACGCAGCUGCAAGACUGCAUCCGAUUGCUGAAGGAACGUUGUGAUCCUCCGAACUAG